ACUUAACCAAGCAUAUACAUAUCAAAUUGUAUUAGAUUUAAUAAUGCAAUUUUCAUCAUUAUUGAGUGUACUUUAUAAUGGAUAUUUUUAUUUAAUAUCCUUAAAAUUAUCAGAAGUGUUGUCAAAUAAAGGAUUUAUAGGAUUCUUCGGAAUGAUUUCUCUAUUCAUUAUAAAAAUUGUUUUUUUAAAUAAUCAUUGCACUAAAUUCUAUCACGAGGUAGAAGUAACAACACAUUUACUUCAAGAAUUGGAUAUUUGCUACUUGGAUAAUUCUAUUAAAAAUAAGAUACAACAAUUUUUAUUACAACUUCUGCUUCAUCCUUUCAAAUUUACUGCUGGUGGUUACAUUCUUAGCAACAAAUUAUCAACAGAAGAAUGAUGCUAUAACCAUUACGACCAUCCAUAAUUGGUUUGAGAGAUAUAGUGCUGGCAAUUUUGACUUGAAAAAUGAAGGACCCUACGGCCAUCCAGCAACGAUAAAUAUGGAUCUUAUCAAGACCAUGCUUGCUGAAAAUCCGCGAUGCACAGUGUGCAAGAGAUAGUGAAUGCCAUUAAUAUUUCCAGGAAAGCUGUAGAUAAUUUUUGGAGAAUUUGGGUUCUACAGCUAUUGAUGAAAACCGACUUUAUGAAAUAAAGUCUCUAUGUGCAAUUUCCUUCUUCAAAGACAUGAAAGAGAUCUUUUUUUAAAGAGGCUUAUCACUGAAGAGUAGACUUGGAUUUUGUAUCAAAAUGUAUCGAAAACGCACUUGAUUUAAGAACGAUAGACCUUCAACUGUCGCGAAACCUAGACUUCGCGAAACCUGAAGAAAGUUUUUUUAUCCAUUUGUUGGGAUUGGAAAUGUAUAAUCUAUUAUGAGCUCCUUUCUCAAAAUAAAGCUCCUUUCUCAUCAAUUUUAGAAAAUAUUCUUUUCGUGAUAAAUGGCUCCAAUUCGUAAGCGAAAAAAAACGCACUUCGAGGAAUAUUUUGUAAAUAAACCCCAACAAUUUUGGAAAAAGAGAGGCUUUCUGAGAAAUAGAAGAACAAAACGAUGAUAGAGCAGAAUGAUUCAUAUAUAAUACAAUAAAUUAAUCUUAAACAAAAAAUAUCGUAUAUUCAUUUCGUAUCAAAAAAAAAGA